CGGACACCACUAUACAGGGCCUCUAUGAACGGGCACGUUGAUAUCGUUAAGCUACUGCUCGAGAAGGGGGCCGAUGUAAACGCGGCUGAUAGGGAUGGACAGACGCCACUAUACCGGGCCUUUGCGAACAGGCACGUCGAUAUCGUUAAGCUAUUGCUCGAGAAG